CUCUUCGGCCCCCCACCGCCACCACCGAAAAGUCAGCCACCAAACUCGCCAACCACCCAUAAAUUUCCACUUCGCGAAUGGCCUCCCUCUCCUCCUCCUCUCUCCGCUCCUUCUCCCCCGGACGCCGCCGCCUCCCCCUCUCCCCGCGCGCCGCGUCGCCGCCGCUCCUCCCGUCCCGAUCGCCGCCGAAGCGGCUCGCCUUCUCCGUCGCUCUCGGGGGCCGCCUCUCCCUGACCGGCGCUCGCUCGAGGAGCCUCGUCCCCAGGGCGCGAUCCUCGAUGGCCGGAGCCGCGACCGAGAGCGGUAGGAAGAAGGUGGUGGAGGUGUUCGACACCGAGGAGGAUCUCGCGGUUUCUCUGGCGAAGUACACCGCCGAUUUGUCCGCCAAGUUCGCCGAGGAAAGAGGAGCGUUCAGCGUCGUCGUGUCCGGAGGUUCGUUGAUCAAGUCACUCAGGAAACUGGUUGAAGCGCCGUACAUUGAUUCGGUGGACUGGUCGAAAUGGCACGUUCUCUGGGUGGAUGAGAGAGUUGUGCCUAAGGAUCACGAUGAUAGUAACUACAAGCUUGCUUAUGAUGGCUUUCUAUCACAGGUGCCAAUACUUCCUGGCAAUGUCUAUGCAAUUAACGACGCUCUGUCGGCAGAGGGUGCAGCGGAUGAUUAUGAGACAUGCAUUAAGCAUUUAGUGAAAAGCAGCAUAGUAGCAUCAUCAGAAAGUGGGCUCCCAAAGUUUGAUCUCAUGCUUCUGGGUAUGGGUCCCGAUGGACAUGUUGCCUCUCUUUUCCCCGGUCAUCCUCUUGUCCACGAAAACAAGAAAUGGGUCACCUUCAUUAAGGACUCACCUAAACCACCUCCAGAGAGAAUUACUUUUACCUUCCCUGUGAUCAACGCAUCUGCACACAUUGCGCUAGUAGUUGCUGGAGCUGGAAAAGCUGGUGUAGUGCACGCUGCAUUGGGUAAUAGUCAAUCUCCUGACCAAUUACCUGUUGAAUUGGUUUCGCCCGAGGGCGAGCUGACUUGGUUCUUGGACAAGGCUGCUGCUUCAAAGCUGUAGUAGCAGGCUUUGCUAUGUUUGUGCGGUGUUUGUUCCUUUAUAAUUUAGGUGUCGAGAUCUUACGGGUUCUGUACCUUUACAUGUACAAGCUCCGGGAUAUGUUGAUGACAUUGCGCAAUGAUCAGUGAGGUUCUUGUGAUCUGUCACAGGAUCACAGCAUCGAUGUAAUAAAACAGCGUGAACUCGAUACAUGCAUUUUCCUUUGUAAA